AUGUUUAGUGCAACUCGUUCAGUCUUAAGUAAUGUCAUCAAUGAUGGAGCCACCUCUACUCAACGUAUAGAUGUAGAUGAAGUUUAUGAUAAGAUUACAUCUUUUGAGUUUGUGUUUAUCUUACAUCUUAUGAGAGAUAUUAUGGAGACUACUGAUGAUCUUUGCCAAGCUUUGCAACGUAAAUCCCAAGAUAUAUUGAAUGCAACGCAUCUAGUGUCAACUACAAAAGCACUUGAUCAAAAAUAUAGAGAAGAUGGAUGGAUUCCUUUGUUGGAGAAUGUUCAACUAUUUUAUGGAAAAUAUGACAUAGAUAUUCCUGAUAUGAGUGCUCGUUACACAUCUGAUAGAGGUCGUGCUUGUCACCAAAGAGAUCACAUUACUAUUGAGCAUCAUUUUCGGGUUGAUAUUUUUACAAUUAUAUGUGAUUCUCAAUUGCAAGAAUUGAACAACAGAUUCAAAGAAGAUGUGAUGGAGUUGCUUAUUCUUAGCUCUGCUUUAGAUCCUAGGGAUGAUUACAUUUCUACGACAACAACAGAACGUGCACUUUCAGCCAUGAAAAUUGUAAAGACUAGAUUGCGAAACAAGAUGGAGGAUGAUUUUCUUUCAAGUUACUUGUUAACAUAUGUUGAGAAAGACAUUGCUUGA